UCUGUUUUGCUGUCAAACGCUUGCAUGCAUGCAACGUUCCUCCCCGUCCAGUCCCACCUUUCUCUUUGGUCUGUGCGCGCAACAAAACUCUAGAAGCCAUCAGCCAGUUUAGUGAUUACGCGUAUACAUCGUGCAGUGAUAAGACAAGCGUUCCGUCCGUCGGAUUGUCAGUUUUUAUCACCCUCUUCACUGGUCGCGUAAAAGAUUUGCCAUCAAGCAAUCAAGCAGUCUUGGUGAGAGGAGGUGCACUUCAAUCGUCAGCAACAAGGAAGAUCAAACAGAAACUCAGAAUGACUGUCAGAUAUUAGCUGUGUUCAAUGACUUUGAUCGAACUUGCUCGGGUGCGCAAAGUUGGCAAAUGUUUCGUCAGUUGUUUUGGUGAAAGGCUCCUGUCACCCAUUAUACCAAACACACGAUGACCGCCGAAUCCGGUUCUCGUUCCGAAUCUCCCCUGCCGGCGCCCGGUGUCGACAUGGAUGACAGCCGUUUCCGGAUCCGACCCUAUCAGCAGAUUCUGUCGUCAUGUAGUGGAGCGCUUGUUACUUCGCUGUUCAUGACCCCGCUAGAUGUGGUGAAGACCCGGCUACAGACACAGCAGAAGAUGAUGCUGUCGAAUAAAUGCUACCUGUACUGCAAUGGCCUGAUGGAUCAUUUGUGUCCCUGCGGUCCCAAUGGAACGGCGUUCGCCAAACCGAAACUGCAUUUCACCGGAACGAUAGACGCGUUCGUCAAAAUCAGUCACCACGAGGGAGUUAAGUCAUUGUGGUCCGGCCUUAGUCCAACGCUGGUCCUGGCCUUGCCCACUACAGUGAUCUAUUUCGUAGCAUAUGAACAGUUCAGAUUGAGAUUGAAGGAAUUCUAUCUUCGUAAGAGAGACAAAUCAGCCGAAUUACCCUUCUGGUUACCGUUGGUGGCCGGCGGAUCAGCUCGAGUAAUGGCUGUAACGAUUGUGAAUCCGUUGGAACUGAUUCGCACCAAGAUGCAAUCCGAGAAGCUUAGCUACACUGAGGUUGGACGAGGUUUUCGCAGUAUGCUAAAAAUGCAAGGAAUCAUGGGACUGUGGAAAGGUUUCUUCCCAACUAUUUUGAGGGAUGUCCCAUUCAGUGGCAUCUACUGGACGACGUAUGAAACGUUCAAAAAACGCUGUAACGUAACGCAACCCACGUUUGGAGUAAGCUUUGUCGGAGGUGCCAUCUCGGGUGGUGUCGCCGCCUUCCUCACGGUUCCAUUCGAUGUGGUUAAGACCCAUCAGCAGAUUGAGUUUGGUGAGAAGUUCCUGUACGCUGAGAACGGCGAGAAGAAAAAGCCACAGAAAAGCUCCGGAACGUUUGAAACGAUGCGCAACAUCUACGUAAGGAACGGAAUCAAAGGACUGUUUGCCGGAUUGACACCACGGCUGGUCAAGGUUGCUCCCGCUUGUGCCAUUAUGAUCGCCUCGUUUGAGUAUGGCAAGAACUUCUUCUACAAUUACAACGUGACUCGAUAUCAGGCCAGGUGGGAGAAGGAUCAGGGCGCACUUAUAAAGACUAAAAAGCACACCGGCGUUGGGUAUUGAUGAGUUCAGUUCGGACCCAAUAGGUUUUAUUUUAUUGUUGAAAUAUAGAUUGUACAAAAGAAUGAAAACGAAAAAA